AUGGCCGAUAUCUGCAACAUAUGUCUAAAGUCACUUAAGAACGUGAAAGUGAAAGUGUUGUGUAGUGACUGCAAUAAGAGUUUUCAUGGGAAGCGCGUCAACCUAUCCACUGAUGAAGUGAACUACUUGUCGGAUCAGGGCGACGUGUGGCAAUGCACGCCAUGCUCCCAGCUGCGAUGCAAGAGUAUGGUGCUCGAAUCCAAAUCCACUGUCACAUAUGAUGACAUUUUUAAACUAGUCAACGAGCUCAAGGAAGAUAUCAAGCAUGUGGAAACUAGUCUCGGCACUUCGUUAAACUCCUGUCAUGAAGAGCUAGCUGAAACUAAAAAAAUCAUUGCUGAUCUCCAGUUGAGGGUCAACAAGGCUGAGCAGUAUUCGCGACGCAAUACAAUCGAAAUUCAUGGCGUACCAGUGCAGAAAGGAGAGAAUGUUGUCACCAUAGUCAAAGAUAUUGGCCGAUCGCUUGGUUUUCCGGUGAAUGAUUCUAUGAUAGACGCCUGUCAUCGCCUGCGUUCCAAGGUGGGUUCCGGAAGGCAUCCUGGCAUUAUAGUUAGGAUGGUAAGGAGGCUGGAUGCAGAAGAGCUGCUGCAGAAACGACGGGUGAAGCGUAAUUUCAACAUGCACGACAUCGGUCUGACGGCGAAGCCAGUGGAGCCGGUCUACCUGAAUGAGUGCAUAUCACCAGCCCGGCGUACCUUGUUCAGUGCGGCUCGGAAAGUGAAGAAUGAAAAGAACUAUAGCUAUUUAUGGGUUAGAGGUGGAAAAAUUUUUCUUUUGAAAGAACAGGGUUUAUCUGUGAUCAUGGUCACGAAAAUGGAAGAUCUAGAAAAACUGUAUGUCUUUUCAAAUUCUUAA